UGUCGCGCCUCUGUUGCCGGUAGUAGAGCUCGCGAUGCUGCGAAUGAAGUCAACUAAGGAAACUAUCACACUCUUUAAUCGGAAAAAUAUAGGACUAUUAACAAUAAACGUGACCUGUAGUGAGUAAUCACAAAUCACGGCAUUGUUCUAUAUACGCAUACAAACAAGCAUGAGCUCAUAAAAAGAGGAAUAGUUGUGUGCAUGAUUUCUCCUAUUGCUGUAAAAAGGGGCAAAAAGACGGUGUCGUUUAAGUUUUGUUGAAUGAACCGACCUUGAUCCAACAAGCAAGUAUCAACAAGUCUCGACCACGAUAUAUUUACCUCGAUACAGCAGACGACAUUUUCACCUUACCAGGGUGACAAGACAUUUUUUUACAAAGUAAAGUAUUCAUCGUUUGAUUUUCGAGGAUCAGCUGGCCUCCAAGAAGACAUUUGUCAAGAUGGUCGGAUUAAGACACGUAUUGGCUUUGCUACCUCUUAUUUUAGUUUCGAUUAAUGCGUAUGAUGUGAAGAAUCCUGAGAUCUCACUCUUGACUCCUGGGGGAAUCAGAUUCGCAUACCCAGAUGAACCUGGCAUAACCCUGGUAGCUUUUCACUAUAGCAUCAAUACACCGCUGUCUGGUGUUAACGUUGGUCAAUAUAACUAUGAUGUCACUACUAAAACAGGAGCAUACUUCGUCCAUGAAAAUACAGAAGUGGAUGUCAAGAAAGGUGAUGUGGUGAACUACUGGGUGUAUGUGAAUUACUAUGGCCCUGGCUAUCAAUUACUUGAACAAUCAUGGACAGCAUCAGAAGCUCCUGCAACCGUAUCCCCUGCAUCCAACCCUCCUGCAAGCAACCGUCCUGCGACCGAAUCCCCUGCAACUGAACCCCCUGUAACCAACCCUCGUGCAAGCAACCGUCCUGCGACCAACCCUCCUGCAACCGAACCCCCUGCAACAAACCCUCCUGGAGUCACGAAUCCUCCUAAACCAGUCACAGGUAUCCCAUCGCAGUGUAGCAAGUAUCCUUGCUAUAAAUCAUGUGACAUGUCAACUCCACCUUGCAAUGGUCUCAUCUUCCAAGAAGAGUUCGAUUCUUUAAAUCUUGACAUAUGGGAGCAUGAACUGACUGCUGGAGGAGGAGGGAACUGGGAAUUUCAAUAUUAUACCAAGAACGUAUCAAACAGCUAUGUUCGGGAUGGAAAACUCUUCAUAAAACCAACCCUAACCACCGAUAAAUUGGGAGAGGGUUCGCUGUCAUCUGGAACAUUAGACCUUUGGGGUUCAUCCCCAGCUAACUUGUGUACCGGCAAUGCAUGGUUUGGAUGUAUGCGACAGGGAUCCGAUAAUAAUCUAUUGAAUCCGAUACAGUCUGCUCGUCUGCGUACUGUCGAAUCUUUCUCAUUCAAGUAUGGACGGCUGGAGGUCGAGGCUAAGCUACCCACUGGUGAUUGGCUCUGGCCAGCUAUCUGGCUUUUGCCUAAGCAUAACGCAUAUGGCGAAUGGCCUGCCUCUGGAGAAAUAGAUCUGCUUGAAAGCAGAGGUAACACUAACCUCAAAGACGCGGAUGGUGUAUCAGCUGGAGUAGAUCAGGUGGGCUCUACUAUGCAUUGGGGACCAUUCUGGCCUCUGAACGGAUAUCCAAAGACACACGCAACAAAGAAUCUCCCCGAGGGACAAACCUUUGGAUCAGGCUUUCACAAGUACGCAUUGGACUGGACUCAAGACUCAAUGAAAUUCUACGUGGAUGAUGAGCUUCUAUUGAAUGUCGAUCCUGGUACAGGCUUCUGGGACUUGGGUGAAUUUGAGACUGAUGCACCAGGCAUUGACAAUCCAUGGGCUUACAAUCCUAAUAAACUCACUCCAUUCGAUCAAGAGUUCUACUUGAUCCUGAACGUAGCUGUAGGAGGAGUCAACUAUUUCGGUGAUGGGCUGACAAACACCCCUCCUAAACCAUGGACUAAUGACUCCCCUACGGCUUCUAAGGAUUUCUGGUCUGGUUAUAACGAUUGGUAUCCUACAUGGAAUGGUGAGGAAGCAGCUAUGCAGGUAAACUAUGUUCGUGUGUACGCAGAACCCGGGCAGACAACUUAUCACCUCCGUGAUCGUUAAAUAAUGUACCAUCAAAACCUGCAGUGAUAUGUAAAAGAACCACGCAAAUUAGUUCUUUUCAAUCCAUAUUAAAAGAAGGUAAUAUCUCAUUUUGGAAUUCCAAUGAAAAAAAAAAGGCAAUUUUUUAGAUGUCUGUGAAUAUAGCGUGUUCUUUAAUUAUAUUUAUGUUCCUUAUAAAUUAUAUUGUUUGAACAGAUGUCAAAUAUGUUGUCAAAUUAAAUGGAAGAAGUAAAUGUUUAUUUGAAUUGAAUUGAAUUGAAUAUUAUAUUCCAAUCAAAUACGACGUGUACAAACUUGAGUAGUUUACACGACUACGAUAAUGACAAUACGAAAUUAUACAAGAGUAGAAUUCUUACUUCCUCUUUGACAACCAUGUAUUAAAAUGAUGCUGAUGAAGCCUUCUGGGUAAACUUAAUUAUUAUUAUAUUUUCAUGAAACCUCCCUCGAGUCCCUCCACACCUUGAUAUCACCAUCUCUGACUGUCAACAUGCAUUUUUAAUAAUAAUAAUAAUAAUAAUAUUUAAUUUUUAUAUAGCGCUUAAUACAAAUGUCUCUAAAGCGCUUUACAAAUAAUGGUUCCCUUGUUUUGCUUCCUACUAAGCAACCCAUACUGUGUUAUUAAUUACUUGAGUAUAAAAAAUGGUUAGUUACAUCAGAGUAUUGACUAUUAUCAUUGAAUUCCAUUCAUGCCCAUGGGUUGAUAACGUAGGUAGCUUUCAAAUUUACAAAUGUAUCACCAUCUGUAAAGGUGUAUAUUAUGAACGAAAAUCAGUGAUUUAACAAAGUGAAAAUUCAUGAAUAUUUCUGCUCUGUGUGACAUAUUAACCCUGGCUAUAGAGUUCAUCUGGUACUUUCAGAAUCAAUUGAAGAUACAUAUAUAAUAAAGAUUGAAAUGAAUAAUUAAUAAAUUAACAUUUAAGAACUAUA